AUGCGCUCUAGUUGCAAAGGAGAAUCAAGGGAAGUAUUUUACCAGGAGCUGAGUAUACAGAAAUUCCAGGGGAAAGGAAAGAGAAACCAAUAAAAGAUGAGGAAGACUGGAUGUUUGCUGCACUUGUUUAGGAAGAUUAUGGAUAGACAUAACGUGUCACAUUUACGUUCUAUGAACAUUGUCCUCUUAGUGCUUAUUUGGACUGGCAUCUCAAAAGCUCAGAAGGAUUGCACAGGUGUGGAGUGUAAGCAGCUGGAAAAUUGCAUGGAAGAAGUGCUGGAGCCAGGUGAAUGCUGUGCCUCUUGCCUCCAUCGUGGCUGCACCUGCGAAGGCUAUCAGUACUAUGACUGUGUGAAUGUAGGGUUUAUAAAUGGCAAAGUACCUGAGGGGCAAUCUUAUUUAGUUGACUUUGGAAGCACGGAAUGCUCUUGUCCCAAAGGGGGCGGUAAGAUCAGCUGCCAGUUCAUGCUGUGCCCGGACCUUCCUCCCAACUGCAUUGAUGCUGUGCUACCAGCCGAUGGGUGCCCACAGUGUGGAAGAAUAGGCUGUGUUCAUGAAGAGCAGAAGUAUGCAGCAGGACAUACCUUUCAUAUGCCUCCAUGUAAGGUUUGCCAUUGCCCCAAUUCUGGAGGGGAGCUUAUGUGCUAUCUGCUCCCGGACUGUAAUGAAUCCACAUUAAAUCCCCAUAAUCCAUCUGAAGCAGGAGACACAGAACCAGAUCAGCACUAUGAUGAUCCCUACAGUUAUGACCAGGAGGCAUCAGAUGGGGACAACACUCAGGUAGAGCCACCUAAAAAGUUCUACAGUUAUGCAGCACAUACAGAACAAGAGAGCAUUGGCCAGGAGCAAAGUGAAGAUUAUGAUUAUCUUGCAAGCAGUGUUACUCCCCCUCCAUUAACCCACCCUCUUUCUCAUGCAGACGCUCUAUCACGAACCAUCACAAGUGCUCCUAUGCACCAUCCUGAAACUGAUCAUGCCACUGAAAAGAGUGAGGAAAGCAUUGAUACAAGCACGGUAUCAACACCCCAAAGGCAGCAGACAUAUAAUGAAAUUACCACUGCAAGUAGCAUUCAAAAGGGUCCAGUUGCGGCUACAGCUGAGAUGCCAAAAACUAUGGCAGAAGUGAGCAGGAAAAAUCUGGGCAGCCGAGAGAAAAACGAACAAGAAAAUUUUAAAAUCAAACUAAACAUGAAAAGAGAGCACAAACAGAAAGAAAACAAAUUAGCAGGCUUUAAAGAGUCCAAUAUGACUCAGUCACAUGGGAUAAACUCAUUGCAUGAUAAACAUGAAGAAGAUCAUUUUCCCAAGGUCAAGUUUAAUCCAACACUACCAUCUCCGAUUGCAAUGAAAGAAGACAACAAUCGGAUAUCCCCCAAACAGUCUCAGACACUUUACCACUAUCAGCCUGAAGAAGACGUAGAUCCCAAUUCUGUUCAUACUUCCUCCAAGGUACCAGAAGGUUCAACAAAAGAUUUAAUUGAAACGUGCUGUGCUGCUGGACAACAGUGGGCUAUUGACAACAGUGAAUGCACGGACAUCCCUGUAAGUGGAACUGAUGGUGAUAUUUGCAGAAUUGCUCAGAAGCAGUGUUGUAUCUCGUAUUUAAAGGAAAACAGCUGCAUUGCUGGCAUGAUUGCUGCCAGAGAAGGUGAUCUGUGUGGACUGGAUGAAAGCGAUACCUGUGGAGGAUCAUUUUAUAAGCCAUGUUGUGAUUGCUGCACAUUGGGCCUACGAGUAAAAAGUGAGGGUCGAAUCUGUGAGUCCAAUCCAAAUCUUGGCUACCCUUGCAGCCACGUGAUGCUUUCGUGCUGUGAAGGAGAAGACCAUCUUAUGCCUCCAGAGCUAAAGAGGCACCCUGAACCACUGCCAACAGUGACACCUGAAAAACUUUCAGAGAUUGAGGAUCACAAUGAAGCCUUGUCGAUCAGUAAUGAAGGCGAAUUGUCAAACAGCUUACCUGGAGAUGACCUGGAUGAGUGUCUUGUCUACCCAGGAGAGCUCUGUCAACAUCUAUGCAUCAACACAGUGGGAUCUUAUAAGUGCUCCUGCUUCCCAAGAUUUACUUUGCAGGAUGAUGGUCUCAGCUGCAGCCCAGAUUUUGAAGAAGAUGGACAAAACACUGCCUUAGGGGACAAAGCUACUCUUGCUCCAGAAACCCUGAAUAUUCAGCCUGUGACAAUCAACAAUUUACAUGUGGAGGAAGAUAAGUGUAAAGAUAAUGGUCCCUGCAAGCACAAAUGUCAUACUCUGGAAGGAAGGAUAGAGUGCUCCUGUUUACCUGGCUUUGCCCUCAUGUCAGAUGGGGUUUCUUGUGAAGAUAUCAAUGAAUGUGUAACGGAUGCUCAUACCUGUCAGAGAGCGGAACACUGUGUGAACACAAUUGGAUCAUUUACAUGUCUCCAGCAACUCAGCUGCCAAUCAGGUUUUGAAUUUAAGGAUGGUGAAUGUGUUGAUAUUGAUGAAUGUGAGAGAGGAACUCAUAGCUGUAAAAUAAACUUUGUAUGUCAAAAUACAAAAGGAUCAUUCUAUUGUGAAUCGAAGCAGCGAUGCAUGGAUGGAUUUUUACAAGAUCCAGAGGGUAAUUGUGUUGAUAUUAAUGAAUGUACAUCACUUUCUGAGCCAUGUAAACCUGGGUUCAACUGCAUCAAUACUGUUGGGUCUUAUACUUGUCAGAGGAACCUCUUAAUGUGUAGCAGAGGAUAUCAUUCCAAUGAAGAUGGAACCAGAUGUGUUGACGUUGAUGAAUGUCAGACUGGUGUACACCUCUGUGGAGAGGGACAGAUUUGUCAUAAUCUACCUGGAGCUUACCGCUGUGACUGCAAGAUGGGAUAUCAGUAUGAUGCAUUCAGCAGAACUUGCAUUGACAUAAAUGAAUGCUGGAAUUAUCCAGGCCGACUAUGUCAACACGCAUGUGAAAAUACUCCUGGGUCCUACCACUGUUCCUGUUCUUCAGGCUUUCGCUUGGCUUAUGAUGGAAAGCAUUGUGAAGAUGUGAAUGAAUGUGACAACAAUCCAUGCAGUCAAGAAUGUGCUAAUAUUUAUGGUUCCUAUCAGUGUUACUGCAGGCAAGGCUAUCAGUUAGCGGAAGAUGGCCAUUCUUGUAAAGAUAUUGAUGAGUGCUCACAAAGUGCAGGUAUUCUGUGCACAUUCCGAUGUCUCAAUGUACCUGGAAGUUAUCAGUGUGCUUGUCCCGAUCAAGGUUAUACAAUGGCAGCAAAUGGAAGGACUUGUAGAGAUAUUGAUGAAUGUUCUAUGGGAACCCACAAUUGCUCAUCAGCAGAGUCUUGUUAUAAUAUCCAAGGCAGCUUCCGAUGUCUUUUGUUUGAGUGUCCACCAAACUACAGAAAAGUGUCUGAUAUGAGAUGUGAGCGUAUCAACUGCUUUAACUAUCUGGACUGCCAAAACACCCCCUUGCGAAUUACUUACUAUCAGCUUAACUUCCAAACUAACAUUGUGGUCCCAGCCCAUAUUUUCCGAAUUGGUCCCUCGCCUGCUUAUGCUGGAGACAACAUAAUCCUUACCAUCAACAAAGGAAACGAAGAGAACUACUUCAGCACUCGCAAGCUGAAUUCGUAUACAGGUAUUGUCUACCUUCAGCGACAAGUGAGGGAACCCAAAGACUUUUUGUUAGAUGUUGAAAUGAAGCUUUGGCGUCAAGGAACAUACACAACAUUUUUGGCCAAAAUUUAUAUCUUUAUCACUUCUCAUGCCUACUGAGGCAUAUGUACUGCCAUUUGAAUGUAUUGGUGCUCUAGUUUCUAAUUUUUUUCUACCAAACAUUACUAUUCUCAUUACAGAACAUCUGUAUCUAGCCUUUUAUAUUAUUUUUCUAGUACCUGAAACUUUUUUGUGUGAAGUUAACUUAAAAAUAUAUUAACCAAUUCCUCUUGUAACUCUGCAUUUUAAUGGAGCAAAAGAGGGCUUGAAGCUUUUAAACAAAUGUUUGUAUAGUAGUUACAUGAUGUUUUCAAACUUUCUCAUGGUCUUGUGCCAAUGACCACUUCAGAGUUAGUUACGUGGGGCAUGAUCCAUCCAAAGUUAAGCACUUUAAAGUUAUAUUUCAGUGGGAGAAAUAAGCACAUGGUCAUUGAAAUGCAUUAAACUUUUAAAAAGUGCUUAGGUGUGGCUGGAUUGUAUUCAUGGACAGGUAGGAUGUCAGUUCUUGGCUUUAAUGAUGCCUGAUAAAUGAUUACACAGUAGACAGAAUUUCAGCAAAUGAUCUCCAUUUACCUGUAAGCUUCUUCCAGAGCAGCUUGUAAAGGGGCAGGAAGCCACUUUGGCUCACGACACACAUAAUAUAUCAAGAGAGCUUGCUGCUCUGUGAAUGCACUAUGAACCCUGUUUUUAUACGCACAUCUGUCUCCAGCUAUGAAAAAGAGCAGCAGUUUCCUAGUCAGGAGAGAAUGAAGAGGUGGAAACAAGAGCAGUAAUGCAGCUGGCAAGCAAUACAGAAGUGGGGGAAACUCAGGAUUCAGUUCACUAGUAUGUUAGAUACAGAUAUUAAUAUAAAAGCUGAGUUCACAGCGCACUGAGCUCUUUUGCACAUUACAUGUUUCUUUGGCCUUUAAGUCAAGAAAUGGUGAUCCUAAGGGCUGCUUGUCAUGAAAGAAAUAAAUCCAGUCCUUUGUAGAGUCUUUGGUUUAGUCCAGUGUCUAGGAAAAGGCAUCUUGUGCAAUUACUUUUCCACAGGCCUGAUCCCAAGGCUUGCUGUCCUAUUAUGCAUGCUUAGGAUGGGGCACAUCAGCACUUGUGAAAGUAUGUCAUCUGGCAUUGUGGAGAUCACACUGCAAAUCUAGGCAGCUCCACACUUGUCCUGGCAAACAAUUGUUCCCUAUACAUUGGUAUUUCCCACAUAAACAUGAAACAUGUGAAGUGUGGACAAAAUACAUGUGCCAUUAGACACUUGUCCUAUAUGUUGUUCUAGAAACCCUGAUUGUACACCAUGUACAUGCAUGACACAUGUUUGUCAUAGAAAGUUUGGAGAAACCCUUCAAUCUCCAUGCCAUUGCGGCACCAGAUAGAUGUGCUUUGUUUUAUUCUCUUCAUAAUGUAUGCAUCCUUAUCCACAAACAGCUUCUAUCUAAUGAACCCAAGUUUUGGGAGAAAAUCCAUUCUUAAAGUUCAAUAUUUUCUGAUGUAUUGGAAGUUUUAAGGGAAGACAGAUGUGUUUUGUUUUCUUGCUUAAAUUUACAUUGCCAUUUGUGGCACUUCCCUGGUUUUGUAUUUAAAUUCAAUCCUUCAGAAACAUUAUUUUGGAGAAACUUGAGGUGCAGACAAGAUGUAUUAUACUCUUUCAAGGAUAUGCCAAAGAAGAAAUAUACCAAACCAAAGAUGAAACAUGCUAUGCAGUUUGAAUAUCUUACUGAAUUGCAUGGGAUUCCAAUUUGAAUUUUAAGAUAAAAACUUGAAGUUAAUCAACUAGAAUUAGUUUCUGCUUUUUCAGCCUGAAUGACAUGAUGGAAGUGAGAAGCUAAUGAAUUUAGCAUCUUGUAUAAAUGAUAUAGCACAAUGCAAGUUUAAAAUUCUUUUUAAAAAAAUUUCUUGUAUAUCAUAGAAAACGGGAUGAGGUCCAAAUACAUGGGCCAAUAUGCUAAGUGGCAGUUUAUUCAAAUAUUUUGAUAAAGUUUACAAGUGGCAGUGGAAUUUAAAAAUGAAAGCUUGUUUUUUUUAGAUAAAACAGUCUCUAGUUCUAUAAUUUUACUGAAAUUCAUGCAGCUAUGCUAUAAAAAUGUUGUUGAUGAAAAUAUACAAAUAUAUUGAUUUUUUUUUUUUACAGUAUAGCUUAACCCUUUCGUUCUCCUGAAUCUUAUUUUGUAUAUAAAACAAGAGAGACGUCUUAGGGCCUUUUGAUGCAGUAAUCUGUAAUAUUAUGAGAUGUAAAACAUUUAUUUGUACUUUGGAUUAAACAUGUACAUUCUU